UACAAUUCAAAACUUCCGGUUUAGUCAAACGACGAAGUCUAUUUUGAUAUUUUGUCUCGCUAGCGACAUAGUUUAUGAAAUAAGUUUAAUAGUAAUUUAUUAACACCUCAAUCAAAAUGGGGAAGCGUCAACAUCAGAAGGAUAAAAUGUACAUCACAUGUGCUGAGUACACCCAUUUCUAUGGAGGGAAAAGAUCAGAAAUUCCAAAGUCAAAUUUUCGACGUCUUCCAUUCGACCAUUGCAGCUUGUCUCUGCAGCCGUUUGAAUAUCCCAUGUGCACUCCCGAGGGAAUCGUCUUUGACCUGCUGAGCAUCGUUCCUUGGAUAAAGAAGUUUGGCACCAAUCCCAUCUCUGGAGAGAAAUUGGAAGCGAAGUCCCUCAUCAAGCUGAACUUCGCCAAGAACAACGAUGGUAAAUACCACUGUCCCGUCCUGUACACAGUCUUCACAAACAACUCCCAUAUCGUCACCAACAAGCUCACUGGCAAUGUGUUCUCUCACGAGGCUGUGGAACAGCUCAACGUCAAGACGAAGAGUUACAGAGACCUGCUCUCUGAUGAACCUUUCACCAGACAGGACAUCAUCACCCUGCAGGAUCCAACCAACCUGGAUAAGUUCAAUGUCUCGGACUUCUUCCACGUCAAGAACAACCUCAAAGUACUGGACCCUGAUGAGGAGAAGGCUAAGCUGGACCCUGGUUACCACCUGAACAGUACGAACAUGGAGACCAGAGAGACCCUGGCUGAGCUCUAUAAGGAUUAUAAAGGAGACGCUCUACUGGCCUCCACCAUGAAGGAACCACAGGCCAAGAAGACAGACAAACUUAACGCGGCUCAUUACUCUACUGGCAGAGUGUCUGCUUCCUUCACCUCCACAGCCAUGACCCCUGCUACCGAACACACUGCGGAUGCCAUCUCAGACGACACGGUGCGUUAUUCCUAUGUGAAGAAGAAAGGCUAUGUUCGCCUCCACACCAACAAGGGAGACAUCAACCUGGAGCUGUACUGUGACAAGGUUCCUAAAGCAGGAGAGAACUUCACCAAGCUGUGUAAGAAGGGUUACUACGACGGAACUGUCUUCCACAGAUCUAUCAGGAACUUCAUGAUCCAAGGAGGAGACCCAACUGGGACUGGUUUAGGAGGAGAGUCAUUCUGGGGUAAGCCCUUCAAAGAUGAGUUUCGUCCCAACCUGUCCCACACUGGACGAGGGGUUCUCAGCAUGGCCAACUCAGGGCCCAACACCAACAAGUCCCAGUUCUUCAUCACCUUCCGGUCAUGUCCCUACCUGGACAGGAAACAUACCGUGUUUGGAAGGGUGGUGGGAGGAUUCGAGGCUCUGACAGCCAUGGAGAACAUAGAAGCUGAUCCUAAAUCCGAUAAACCCAAGUCUGAGAUCAAGCUGCUGAGUGCCACUGUGUUCGUGGACCCGUAUGAAGAGGCAGAUGCCCAGAUUGCAGCGGAGCGUCAGAAGGAGUUUGAGAAGCAGGAGGAGGAUCGAGCUCAGACCAGUUUGUCUCAGAGGAAGACUAAAGCAGAUCAAGCUCCCAAGACCUUCAAGGCUGGCAUAGGGAAAUACAUCAACCCUGUGACCUCUACCACCACGAAACGUCCAGCAGUAGAGGACAGCGGACCGUCUACCAGCGGAGCCAAGAAGCCCAAAGGAAAGACUGGCUUUGGAGACUUCAGCUCCUGGUAACUCCUUGGACACACAGCCCCGUG